CAAUGAUAAAAAAAAAAAACCAAGGGAAACUCAAUUUUGUUCCCGAAAGCUUCGAUUUCGCUUCCAUGGCGGCAUCUUCCAAACUCACGGAGUAUGAGCGUAAGCGGCUCGAGAAUAUCUGCCGCAACGGCGAGUUGAUGGCUUCCCUCAAGCUUCACUCCAUGGCCACGCAACUCUCCGCCUCAACCAAGCGCCAGAAGGACGAGACGACCAAAUCGAGCAAAGUUAGUUCGCAGAAGAAACCAAAAACCGAUCAGACUCCGAUCGUCGUCCGCAGAUCUUUGCGUACGAGAGGAAUGCCUCCUGAUUCGGAAGGACUUCCCUCUGAUCUUCUCGAUUCGCCGCUCAAGAACCGUAGAUCUAAGAGCUCUUCACCGACGAAGCCCUCGCCUCGCAAGUUGGGUCCUCUUAGUAUGAGAGAAGCGUAUAUAGGAGAGGGGUCUCAUAGAACCCUACUCGAAACUCUUAAGCGUGUUGAGAAGGAAUCUGAAGUGAAUGAAUCACUAGGAGCGAAAAUUGGUGGAGUUAGGAUUUGUAAAGGUGAGAUAUUGAGUGAUUCUGUUAAGAAAGAAGAAGACAAUGAGGUUGGGGGUUCUUUUGAUUUGUGUUCAAAGGUGAUUCCUGAGAACAUAAGGGCGAGGUUUGGUGGAGAUAGGGUUUGUAAAGUUGACAAUUUGAGCGAUUUGGUCAAGAAAGAAGACAAUGAGGUUGGGUUUUCUUCUGAUUUGUUUCCAAAGUCGAAUUCUGAGAAUAUAGGAGAGAAAUUCAGAGGAGAUAGGGUUUGUAAAGGUGAGAUUUUGACCGCCUCUGUUAAGAAAGACAGUGAAGUUGGGGGUUGUUUUGAUGUGCAUUCUAUGAAUUCAAAUGCUGAGAAUGUAGGAGCGAAAUCAGGUGGAGUUAGGAUUUGUAAAGACGAGAAUCUGAGCGAUUCGAUUAAGAAAGAAGAAAAUGAAGUUGGCGGUUAUUUCGAUUUUUAUUCGAUGACUUUGAAUCCCCGGAAUAUAGCACGGAUUUUGCCAGAUAGGAUUAUGCAUGCAAGGUUUUUCCCUUGUGCUAGCUCUAGAGUUAUUGUGGCCGGGAACAAGCUUGGUGAUGUUGGAUUUUGGAAUCUUGAUCCCCAGAGGGAUGAUGAAGAAACAGAAGAUGGGAUAUACACAUAUCAUUCUCAUUCUGGUCCUGUUUCAGGGAUUUCGAUUCAUCAACAUUGCUUGUCCAAGGUCUCUACCAGUUGUUAUGACGGUUUUGUAAGGUUGAUGGACGCUGAAAAGGAGGUCUUUAAUUUGAUAUAUUCUAGCGAGUAUUCUAUAUUUUCCCUUUCUCAACGAUCAAAUGAUCCAAAAUGUUUAUAUUUUGGUGAGGCAUGUGGACUCUUGAAUAUCUGGGAUGAGCGAAUGGGAAAAUGUUCAACUCAAAGUGUUUUGCAUGCCGAUAGGAUUAAUUCUAUAGACUUUAAUUCAGGCAAUCCUAACAUAUUGGCAACUAGUUCCUCAGACGGAAAUGUCUGCAUUUGGGAUUUGAGAAGCAUUGAUGCAAAUAAAACUAAGGCUCUGAAGACUAUUAGUCACAAAAGAUCUGUACAUUCUGCUUAUUUUUCGCCAUCUGGAAAGUGCCUUGCGACUACAAGUUUCGACGACACGGUUGGUGUACAUGGUUUUGAAGAAACAUCAUGGGUUCAACAUAAUAAUCAGACAGGCAGAUGGAUUUCUCCUUUCAAGGCAAUAUGGGGGUGGGACGAUUCAUACGUCUUCAUUGGUAAUAUGAAAAGAGGAGUUGAUGUCAUUUCCCCAUCUCAGAGCAGAACCAUUUUCACUUUGCAGAGCCCACACUUAUCAGCUAUUCCGUGCAGAUUUGAUGCACACCCUUACAAUGUUGGGAUGUUAGCAGGAGCCACAGGUGGAGGUCAGGUUUAUGUGUGGACAUUGAGUUGAGGAAUUUAAUCCCCCGAUUCUUGUAUGAUUAGAUGUUAAAUCUCUCUUUCUCGGACCUGUUAAUAGUA